GGAGCCGGAGGAGGAGCCGCCGCCGCCGCUGAGCCGGCCGGCCGGGACAGGGAGAGAUGCGGGGCCGGGCCGCCCGCGUACCCCUCCCUCCGCCGCCGCUGCUGCCGCUGCUUCUGCUGCUGCUACUGCGGCCGCCGCCACUUCUGGGAGAUCAAGUGGGGCCCUGCCGCUCCCUGGGGCCCGGGGGACGGGGCUCUCCCGGGGCCUGCACCCCCGUGGGUUGGCUCUGCCCAGAUUCUUCCUCGAACCUCUGGCUGUACACCAUCCGCUGCAGAGCUGCGGGGACAGAGCUAACCGGCCACCUGGUGCCCCACCAUGAUGGUCUGCGGGUCUGGUGUCCAGAAUCCGGGGCCCACAUUCCCCUGCCGCCAGCCCCUGAAGGCUGCCCCUGGAGCUGCCGCCUCGUGGGCAUUGGAGGCCACCUCUCCCCGCAGGGCAAGCUCACCCUAACCCAUGAGCAGCCUUGUCUCAAGGCCCCACGGUUGAGAUGCCAGUCCUGUAAGCUGACACAAGCCCCAGGGCAGGAGACAGGGGAAGGGACAGCAGGAGAGUCUAUGGGUGGACGUCGCAAAAGGAAUGUGAAUACAGCCCCCCAGUUCCAGCCCCCUAGCUACCAAGUCACAGUGCCUGAGAACCAGCCAGCAGGUACCCCCGUGGCCUCCCUGCGAGCCAUCGACCCAGAUGAAGGCGAGGCAGGUCGCCUGGAGUACACCAUGGACGCCCUCUUCGACAGCCGUUCCAACCACUUCUUCUCCCUGGACCCUAUCACGGGCGCUGUGACGACGGCUGAGGAGCUGGAUCGGGAGACCAAGAGCACCCAUGUCUUCAGGGUCACCGCGCAGGACCACGGCAUGCCCCGGCGAAGUGCCCUGGCCACUCUCACCAUCUUGGUGACCGACACCAAUGACCAUGACCCCGUGUUUGAGCAGCAGGAAUACAAAGAGAGCCUCAGGGAGAACCUGGAGGUGGGCUAUGAGGUCCUCACUGUCAGGGCCACAGAUGGCGAUGCCCCUCCCAACGCCAAUAUUCUGUACCGCCUGCUUGAGGGGCCUGGGGGCGGCCCCUCGGAAGUCUUCGAAAUCGACCCUCGCUCUGGGGUCAUCCGAACCCGCGGCCCAGUGGACCGAGAAGAGGUGGAAUCCUACCAGUUGACUGUGGAAGCCAGCGACCAGGGCCGGGACCCAGGGCCGCGGAGCGCCACGGCUGCAGUCUUCCUGUCUGUAGAAGAUGACAAUGAUAAUGCCCCUCAGUUCAGUGAGAAGCGCUACGUAGUCCAGGUGCGGGAGGACGUGGCUCCAGGCGCCCCAGUGCUGCGGGUCACGGCCUCGGACCGAGACAAGGGCAGCAACGCCCUGGUGCACUAUAGCAUCAUGAGCGGCAAUGCGCGUGGUCAGUUCUACCUGGAUGCUCAGACCGGGGCCCUGGACGUGGUGAGCCCUCUGGACUACGAGACCACCAAGGAGUACACGCUGCGUGUGAGGGCCCAGGAUGGAGGCCGCCCUCCACUCUCCAACGUCUCCGGCCUGGUGACAGUGCAGGUCCUGGAUAUUAAUGACAACGCACCCAUAUUUGUCAGCACCCCCUUCCAGGCAACUGUCCUGGAGAGCGUCCCCUUGGGCUACCUGGUUCUCCACGUCCAGGCCAUUGACGCGGAUGCUGGCGACAACGCCCGCCUGGAAUACCGCCUAGCUGGAGUGGGCCACGACUUCCCCUUCACCAUCAACAAUGGCACAGGCUGGAUCUCUGUAGCUGCUGAACUGGACCGAGAGGAGGUUGAUUUCUACAGCUUUGGGGUAGAAGCUCGAGACCAUGGCACCCCCACACUCACAGCCUCGGCCAGCGUCAGCGUGACUGUCCUCGACGUCAAUGACAACAACCCAACCUUCACUCAGCCGGAGUACACGGUGCGGCUCAAUGAAGAUGCAGCUGUGGGCACCAGCGUGGUGACAGUGUCUGCCGUCGACCGCGAUGCCCACAGCGUCAUCACCUACCAGAUCACCAGUGGCAACACCCGAAACCGCUUCUCCAUCACCAGCCAGAGCGGAGGGGGGCUGGUGUCCCUCGCCCUGCCCCUGGACUACAAACUUGAACGGCAGUACGUGCUGGCAGUCACCGCCUCCGAUGGCACUCGGCAGGACACUGCACAGGUUGUGGUCAACGUCACUGAUGCCAACACCCAUCGCCCGGUCUUCCAGAGCUCCCACUACACGGUGAACGUUAACGAGGACCGCCCAGCAGGCACCACGGUGGUGCUCAUCAGUGCCACGGACGAGGACACGGGCGAGAAUGCCCGCAUCACCUACUUCAUGGAGGACAGCAUCCCCCAGUUCCGCAUCGAUGCGGACACGGGGGCUGUCACCACCCAGGCUGAGCUGGACUAUGAAGAUCAGGUGUCCUACACUCUGGCCAUCACCGCGCGGGACAACGGCAUUCCCCAGAAAUCCGAUACCACCUACUUGGAGAUCCUGGUGAAUGAUGUAAAUGAUAACGCCCCUCAGUUUCUCCGGGACUCCUACCAGGGCAGUGUCUAUGAGGACGUACCCCCCUUCACGAGCGUCCUGCAGAUCUCAGCCACUGAUCGAGACUCUGGCCUCAAUGGCCGGGUUUUCUACACUUUCCAGGGGGGUGAUGAUGGAGAUGGUGACUUUAUCGUAGAGUCGACAUCGGGAAUUGUGCGGACACUGCGGAGGCUGGAUCGAGAGAAUGUGGCCCAGUAUGUCUUGCGGGCAUACGCAGUGGACAAGGGGAUGCCCCCAGCCCGCACACCCAUGGAAGUGACGGUCACUGUGCUGGACGUGAACGACAAUCCCCCUGUCUUUGAGCAGGAUGAGUUUGAUGUGUUUGUGGAGGAGAACAGCCCCAUUGGGCUGGCCGUGGCCCGGGUCACAGCCACUGACCCGGAUGAAGGCACCAAUGCCCAAAUCAUGUACCAGAUUGUGGAAGGCAACAUCCCUGAGGUCUUCCAGCUGGACAUCUUCUCUGGGGAGCUCACUGCCCUGGUGGAUUUAGACUAUGAGGACCGGCCUGAAUAUAUCUUGGUCAUCCAGGCCACCUCAGCUCCUCUGGUGAGCCGGGCUACCGUUCACGUCCGCCUGCUGGACCGCAAUGACAACCCACCAGUGCUGGGCAACUUUGAGAUCCUUUUCAACAACUACGUCACCAACCGCUCCAGCAGCUUUCCUGGCGGUGCCAUCGGCCGCGUGCCCGCUCACGACCCUGACAUCUCAGACAGCCUGACUUACAGCUUCGAGAGGGGAAAUGAACUCAGCCUUGUCCUGCUCAAUGCCUCCACGGGGGAGCUGAGGCUGAGCCGGGCACUGGACAACAACCGACCCCUGGAGGCCAUCAUGAGCGUGCUGGUGUCAGACGGCGUGCACAGCGUGACGGCUCAGUGUGCGCUGCGCGUCACCAUCAUCACCGACGAGAUGCUCACGCACAGCAUCACACUCCGCCUGGAGGACAUGUCGCCCGAGCGCUUCCUGUCGCCGCUGCUGGGCCUCUUCAUCCAGGCUGUGGCCGCCACGCUGGCCACGCCCCCAGACCACGUGGUGGUCUUCAACGUGCAGCGGGACACGGACGCCCCCGGCGGCCACAUCCUCAACGUGAGCCUGUCGGUGGGCCAGCCUCCCGGGCCCGGCGGCGGGCCGCCCUUCCUGCCCUCCGAGGACCUGCAGGAGCGCCUGUACCUCAACCGCAGCCUGCUGACGGCCAUCUCGGCGCAGCGCGUGCUGCCCUUCGACGACAACAUCUGCCUGCGCGAGCCCUGCGAGAACUACAUGCGCUGCGUGUCGGUGCUGCGCUUCGACUCCUCCGCGCCCUUCAUCGCCUCCUCGUCCGUGCUCUUCCGGCCCAUCCACCCGGUGGGCGGCCUGCGCUGCCGCUGCCCGCCCGGCUUCACGGGCGACUACUGCGAGACCGAGGUGGACCUGUGCUACUCGCGGCCCUGCGGCUCCCACGGGCGCUGCCGCAGCCACGAGGGCGGCUACACCUGCCUCUGCCGCGACGGCUACACGGGUGAGCACUGCGAGGUGAGCGCCCGCUCUGGCCGUUGCACCCCAGGUGUCUGCAAGAAUGGGGGAACCUGUGUCAACCUCUUGGUGGGUGGCUUCAAGUGCGACUGCCCUUCCGGAGACUUCGAGAAGCCGUACUGCCAGGUGACCACGCGCAGCUUCCCUGCCCGCUCCUUCAUCACCUUCCGGGGCCUGCGCCAGCGCUUCCACUUCACCUUGGCUCUCUCGUUUGCCACAAAGGAGCGUGAUGGACUGCUGCUGUACAACGGGCGCUUCAACGAGAAGCAUGACUUUGUGGCCCUAGAGGUGAUCCAAGAGCAAGUCCAGCUCACCUUCUCUGCAGGGGAGUCAACCACCACUGUGUCCCCAUUUGUGCCUGGAGGGGUCAGUGAUGGCCAGUGGCACACGGUGCAACUGAAGUACUACAACAAGCCACUGUUGGGUCAGACAGGGCUCCCUCAGGGCCCGUCCGAGCAGAAGGUGGCCGUGGUGACUGUGGAUGGCUGUGACACGGGGGUGGCCCUGCGCUUUGGAGCUGUGCUGGGCAACUAUUCCUGUGCUGCUCAGGGCACCCAGGGCGGCAGCAAGAAGUCUCUGGACCUCACAGGACCCCUGCUGCUGGGAGGGGUGCCUGACCUGCCGGAGAACUUCCCAGUCCGUAUGCGACACUUUGUGGGUUGCAUGAGGAACCUGCAGGUGGACAGCCGGCAUGUGGACAUGGCCGACUUCAUCGCCAACAAUGGCACUGUGCCUGGCUGCUCCGCCAAGAAGAAUGUGUGUGACAGCAACACCUGCCACAAUGGGGGCACCUGUGUGAACCAAUGGGAUGCGUUCAGCUGCGAGUGUCCCCUGGGUUUUGGGGGCAAGAGCUGUGCCCAAGAAAUGGCCAAUCCGCAGCGCUUUCUGGGCAGCAGCAUGGUGGCCUGGCAGGGCCUCUCCCUGCCUAUCUCCCAGCCCUGGCACCUGAGCCUCAUGUUUCGCACGCGCCAGGCCAACGGCGUCCUGCUGCAAGCGGUCACCAGGGGGCGCAGCACCAUCACCCUGCAGCUUCGGGAGGGCCAUGUGGUGCUGAGUGUGGAGGGCACUGGACUCCAGGCCUCCUCUCUCCGGCUGGAAACUGGCCGUGCCAAUGAUGGAGACUGGCACCAUGCACAGCUGGCACUGGGAGCCAGGGGCGGGCCUGGGCAUGCCAUCCUGUCCUUUGAUUAUGGGCAGCAGAGGACAGAGGGAAAUCUGGGCCCCCGGCUGCAUGGGCUGCACCUGAGCAACAUCACCGUGGGCGGGGUGCCCGGACCAGCCAGUGGUGUGGCCCGUGGCUUCCGGGGCUGUUUGCAGGGUGUGAGGGUAAGCGAGACACCCGACGGUGUUAGCAGUCUGGAUCUCAGCCGUGGGGAAACCAUCAAUGUGGAGCCGGGCUGCAGCCUGCCAGACCCCUGUGAUUCGAACCCAUGUCCUGCCAACAGCUACUGCAGUGAUGAUUGGGACAGCUAUUCCUGUAGCUGUGAUCCAGGUUACUAUGGUGACAACUGUACGAGUGUAUGUGACCUGAACCCGUGUGAGCACCAGUCCACGUGCACGCGAAAGCCCAGCGCCCCCCAUGGUUACACCUGCGAGUGCCCCCAAAAUUACCUUGGACCAUACUGUGAGACCAGGAUUGACCAGCCUUGUCCCCGUGGCUGGUGGGGACACCCCAUGUGCGGCCCAUGCAACUGUGAUGUCAGCAAAGGUUUUGACCCAGACUGUAACAAGACAAGCGGCGAGUGCCACUGCAAGGAGAACCACUACCGCCCACCAGGCAGCCCUACUUGCCUUUUGUGUGACUGCUACCCCACGGGCUCAUUGUCCCGAGUCUGUGACCCUGAGGAUGGCCAGUGUCCAUGCAAGCCAGGUGUCAUCGGACGCCAGUGUGACCGCUGUGACAACCCUUUCGCUGAGGUCACCACCAAUGGCUGUGAAGUGAAUUACGACAGCUGCCCGAGGGCUAUCGAGGCUGGGAUCUGGUGGCCCCGGACGCGCUUUGGGCUGCCUGCUGCAGCCCCCUGCCCCAGAGGCUCCUUUGGGACAGCUGUGCGCCACUGUGACGAGCACAGGGGGUGGCUCCCCCCAAACCUUUUCAACUGCACCUCAGUCACAUUCUCGGAGCUGAAGGGCUUUGCUGAUCGGCUGCAGCGGAACGAGUCGGGCUUGGACUCUGGGCGUUCCCAGCAGCUGGCCUUGCUCCUGCGCAAUGCCACGCAGCACACGGCUGGCUACUUUGGCAGCGACGUCAAGGUGGCCUACCAGCUGGCCACACGGCUGCUGGCCCAUGAGAGUGCCCAGCGGGGCUUUGGGCUGUCUGCCACCCAGGACGUGCACUUCACUGAGAAUUUGCUCAGGGUGGGCAGUGCCCUCCUGGACGCGGCCAACAAGCGACACUGGGAGCUGAUCCAGCAGACGGAGGGUGGCACUGCCUGGCUGCUGCAGCACUACGAGGCCUAUGCCAGCGCCCUGGCCCAGAACAUGCGGCACACCUACCUCAGCCCCUUCACUAUCGUCACGCCCAACAUUGUCAUCUCCGUCGUGCGCCUGGACAAGGGGAACUUUGCAGGUGCCAAGCUGCCCCGGUAUGAGGCACUGCGGGGGGAGCGGCCCCCAGACCUGGAGACCACAGUCAUCCUGCCUGAGUCAGUCUUCAGAGAAACACCUCCCAUGGUCAGACCCGCGGGCACCGGAGAGGCCCAGGAGCCGGAGGAGCUGGCCCGGCGGCAGCGGCGACACCCGGAGCUGAGCCAGGGGGAGGCUGUGGCCAGUGUCAUUAUCUACCGCACCCUGGCCGGGCUGCUGCCCCAUAACUACGACCCGGACAAGCGCAGCCUGAGAGUGCCCAAACGUCCUGUCAUCAACACGCCUGUGGUGAGCAUUAGUGUGCAUGAUGAUGAGGAACUCCUGCCCCGAGCCCUGGACAAACCAGUCACUGUGCAGUUCCGACUGCUGGAGACGGAGGAGCGAACCAAGCCCAUCUGUGUCUUCUGGAACCAUUCCAUCCUGGUCAGUGGAACAGGUGGCUGGUCAGCCCGGGGCUGUGAAGUCGUCUUCCGCAACGAGAGCCACGUCAGCUGCCAGUGCAACCACAUGACGAGCUUCGCGGUGCUCAUGGACGUGUCCCGGCGUGAGAAUGGGGAGAUCCUGCCGCUGAAGACACUGACAUAUGUGGCUCUCGGGGUCACCUUGGCUUCCCUGCUGCUCACCUUUCUCUUCCUCACGGCCCUGAGAACCCUGCGCUCUAACCAGCACGGCAUCCGGCGGAACCUGACUGCUGCCUUGGGUCUGGCGCAGCUGGUCUUCCUCCUGGGCAUCAACCAGGCCGACCUCCCUUUUGCUUGCACAGUCAUUGCCAUCCUGCUGCACUUCCUGUACCUCUGCACUUUUUCCUGGGCACUGCUGGAGGCCUUGCACCUGUACCGGGCCCUCACUGAGGUGCGCGACGUCAACGCGGGGCCCAUGCGCUUCUACUACAUGCUGGGCUGGGGCGUGCCCGCCUUCAUCACAGGCUUAGCCGUGGGCCUGGACCCUGAGGGCUAUGGGAACCCCGACUUCUGCUGGCUCUCCAUUUAUGACACACUCAUCUGGAGUUUUGCCGGCCCUGUGGCCUUUGCUGUCUCGAUGAGUGUCUUCCUGUACAUCCUGGCUGCGCGGGCUUCCUGUGCCGCCCAGCGGCAGGGCUUUGAGAAGAAAGGCCCCGUGUCGGGCCUGCGGCCCUCCUUCGCUGUGCUCGUGCUGCUGAGUGCCACCUGGCUGCUGGCCUUGCUCUCUGUCAACAGCGACACCCUCCUCUUCCACUACCUCUUCGCUGCCUGCAAUUGCAUCCAGGGCCCCUUCAUCUUCCUCUCCUACGUGGUGCUGAGCAAGGAGGUCCGAAAAGCCCUGAAAUUCGCCUGCAGCCGCAAGCCCAGCCCCGACCCUGCCCUGACCACCAAGUCCACCCUGACCUCGUCCUACAACUGCCCCAGCCCCUUCGCAGACGGACGGCUAUACCAGCCCUAUGGAGACUCAGCCGGCUCUCUGCACAGUGCCAGCCGCUCGGGCAAGAGCCAGCCCAGCUACAUCCCCUUCUUGCUGAGGGAGGAGUCCACACUGAACCCUAGCCAAGGGCCUCCUGGCCUAGGCGACCCAGGUGGCCUGUUCCUGGAAGGUCAAGCCCAGCAGCAUGAUCCUGACACGGACUCCGACAGUGACCUGUCCCUGGAAGAUGACCAGAGUGGCUCCUACGCCUCAACCCACUCAUCAGACAGUGAGGAAGAGGAAGAGGAGGAGGCGGCAUUCCCUGGGGAGCCGGGCUGGGACAGCCUGCUGGGGCCUGGCAUCGAGAGGCUGCCUCUGCACAGUACCCCCAAGGGUAGGCCGGGCCAUGGCCCAGCAAAGACCCCCUGGCCAGGAGACUUUGGGACCACAGCAAAGGAGAGUGGCAGUGGCCCCGAAGAGCGGCUGAGGGAGAAUGGAGAUAUCCUGCCUCGGGAAGGGUCCCUGGGGCCCCUUCCAGGCUCUGCUGCUCAACCUCACAAAGGCAUCCUCAAGAAGAAGUGUCUGCCCACCAUCAGUGAGAAGAGCAGCCUCCUGCGGCUGCCCCUGGAGCAGGGCACAGCGUCGUCUCGGGGCUCCUCGGCCAGCGAGUGCAGCCGGGGUGGGCCGCCUCCCCGCCCGCCUCCCCGCCAGAGCCUCCAGGAGCAGCUCAAUGGGGUCAUGCCCAUCGCCAUGAGCAUCAAGGCGGGCACCGUGGAUGAAGACUCAUCGGGCUCCGAAUUUCUCUUCUUUAACUUCCUGCAUUAACCCUGGGCCGCGGUACCUACACCUGAGGCUCCCCCACCUUCCCCAGCUGCACUCAUGCCCCCCACUCCUGUCUUGUGCUUUAUCCUGCCCCGCUCCCCACCGCCUGCCCGCAGCAGCGAUGAAACGUCCAUCUGAGGAGCCUGGGCCUUGCCAGGAGGGGCACCCACCCCACCCAAGGCCACCUAGUGCCAACUCCCUCCCCUGCCACCCCCUCACUGCACUUUGGACCCCUGGGGGCCAACAUCUCCAAGACAAAAGUUUUUCAGAAAAAAGGAAAAAAAAAAGAAUUUAAAAAAGGAUCUCCACUCUUCAUGACUUCAGGGAUUAAUUUUUUUUAUACGCUGGAAACUGACUCCCCUUUCCCUUCCCAAAGAGGAUAGGACCUUCCAGGACGAGCCCAGCCUCUCCUCAGUUUCCCAUCUGCUGUGCCUCUCAGAGGAGAGGAACUCUUGGGGGCUCUGCCCCUCAGUUGCCAUCACCAAAAGGAAAGGACAAAGCCACAGGCCCCCAGGGUGUCCACCCUGCAGGCUGCACCGGGCAGGCCUCAAUGUGGCGAGGGGUCGACGCAAGGGGCCCUCCUCAGCCCUCUGGUACCGCCUCGCCCAGGAACUGAAAAAGCCCUGUCCAGCAAGGGGGCAGAAGGACUCAGCGCCCCCAGACCCCCAAAUGCUGCAUGAACACAUUUUGACGGGAGCCUGUGCUCCAGGGCGGGCACGGGGCUCCCUAGCCCCUCUUCUUUUCCUGGAUUCCGGCCAUGCACUGCAGUCCAGGUGUUUGCUCAGUUUGCUCACCCAAAAGUGCUUCAUUUGCGCCCUCUAGCCGCCCUUGGGGAAGGUCAGUCCCGUGUUAAGUUGCGCUUCUUUGCCGUUUGUGGGGUGGAGUCGGGGGAAGAGUGACAGCUGUGCCAUUCCACUCUAAGUGGCUUCAAGUCUGGGUUCUGGUUGCCAUUCACAGACCCACCCACCCCCCAAAAAUCAGACAGAGCCCACUUUGUCUGACCUGCUGUGGCCUCUAAGACCUGUUCUAUUUUUAACCCCUUCUUGGAAUUGGCUCUCUUCUUCAAAGGACCAGGUUCUGUUCCUCUUUCUCCUCCAUCCACCCUCCCCCACAAGCUCCCUGUGAAGAGUUAAUAUAUAUUUUUUAUUUAUUUGCUUUUUGUGUUGGGCUGGGUCCAUGCCCAGCCCCAGGGGGUCUGAUGUGGCUGUCACAGGUUGGGUGUGUGCCCGGCCAUGGGGGCCUGGCCCUGGUCCCCUCGACACAGGCCGUCACCCCAUCUCCCUCGCCUGCUGCUCCUCAGUUUUGCCAACUGCUCUUCGUUUGAGUCGCUAUUUACUCCAGGCAUGUGUUCCAGACUCAUCACACUGGCUUUCCUUCUGGAGCAGGUGGCUAGAAAAAGAGGCUGUGGGCAGGUGGAGGGGGGGAUGCUCCCGGUUCUCAUUUGUAAGGCUGGUCUCUGGGUUUUCUGUCAUAGAUUUCUGCCCCUCUGCCCACUCCCCUCGGCAAUUCUUGCAAAGGGUUAAAAAUUUAACUGGUUUUUACUACUGAUGACUUGACGUAAAAAAAAAAAGACAAAAAAAUACAAAGAUGCUGGAUGCUAACUUGAUACUAACCAUCCGAUUGUACAGUUUGAUUGUAACUGUAAAUAUGGUAGGGUUUUGUUGUUUUUGUUUUGUUUUUUCAUUUCCCCAUACUACUGAAUAAACUAGUUCUGUGCGGGU